UUGUGUACAAUUUAUGAUUCAUAUCAGUGAGAACUAAAAAAGUACUUAAGCACCUAUAUAGGUACUUUAUUUCUCAAACCUAAUCUUGUGAGUUGUGUGUAACUGUGAGCAAUUACUAAUUUCAAAGCCCCCCUCAUUGAAAAACCCUACAUCGUACACCACUGUGCAACAAGUUUUAGUUAAAUGGUAAAAACAAAUUAUACAUUUGAAUUUUUUUAUCGGAGUUUCCUUAAACGUGGUAAACACAUACAUUUGUCAUUAUAAUCUAUAAGCGUCUGCCAAAAUUGGGUAAAAAAAAUACAAAUUAUUUUGGACUUGUUGACGGCGUGCCAAUGGUUCGUGUACGGUGUACCAACGUCUUAUAUGGAUAUUAUUAAUUAUUAUUGUUGAAGGGUUCGGGUAGGUGGUAAACAAGAUGUGUUCUGAGUUGCAACGUCAUUGGCUAUUAGUAGCUACUUAAGAUCGCAAAUUCUGUCGCCUAUACAGACAUACAGUAUAAUAGGUAUAUAUACUAUCUAUCACAAUUCCACGGUCUGAACUCUCGAUAUGGACUUAAAAUUUGUAUUGUUUUAUGUUCAAACGGUGGCCAUCACUAUGACACACGUGAUUACAAUAAAAAACAACUGCCCGUUCACUAUAUGGCCCGGUAACGGAGGAUUUUCGUUGGGUGCCUACAAGUCUCAUACAAUCCAUACGUCUCCAAAUUGGGCCGGCAGGAUUUGGGGCAGGACCAAAUGCAGUGGUCAAGGAAGUUGCGAAACGGGUGAUUGCGGGAACAAGAUCCAGUGCAACGGGGCCGGAGGCGUGCCGCCCGCUUCUCUAGCUGAGAUGACGUUCACCGGGUCCGAUGGAUUAGACUUCUACGACGUGUCGUUGGUGGACGGCUACAACCUGCCGAUAAGGAUGCUACCGACCGGGCAGUUCUCGUACACGGAAAAAGGCAAGUAUGACUGUAAAGCGGCCGGCUGUGUUGCAGACCUGAACAGCAUGUGUCCGUCCGAGCUGGCCGUCCAUACUGGCUCUGGCGUGGUGGCAUGCAAGAGCGCCUGUGAGCGGUUCAACACGGACACUUACUGCUGCCGAGGUGCCCACAAUACUCCAGCAACUUGUAAGAGCAGCUCGUGGCCCACAAACUAUCCGGAAUUCUUCAAGAAGGCCUGUCCGGACGCCUAUAGUUACGCGUACGACGACACGACUAGCACGUUUACUUGUCGCGGCAAUUCAUCCAUCAAGUACGACGUCAUAUUUUGUCCUUAAGCAGCCACCUGUCUGUUUUUAUGCAGCCAUAUACCCAUAAUAUAAACCAUAUAGGUCCAGGGAACGUUAUUUAACACCAUUUUAUAAUACAUAUAAAUACACAUAAUAUAUAUAUUAUAU